CUCGUCUCUCUCACCCCCGUCAUCUCCAACCCACCAGUCAUACACCAUGACCCGGACCGCUCACCCUUGCGCGCCGGGUACACCCCCGUGCACGAGACGCAGGAUGGAGACAUGUUCGGAACCGCCAUACCCGGCUUUGCUAUACCGGACGAUGCACGGAGUAUCAAGACAUCGGUCUCGAUCAAUAGGUCUGCCUCAGUUUCAAAGGUUAUGCGUAGGAUACGUGGCGAAGGUUUAUCUAAAGAUUAUUGGAUGGAUGACGAGACGGCGAAAGAGUGCUAUGAUUGCAAGAGUGUGUUCUCGACAUGGCGGCGCAAGCACCACUGUCGCAUAUGCGGCCAGAUCUUCUGUUCUCGCUGUGCCUCCAAUAUUAUCAAGGGAUCUCGCUUUGGCCAAGAUGGUAUGGUGCGCGUAUGCAACCUCUGUCUUGAGAAGCUCGCCACCGUCGAAGACCGCGAAGUCGACGAUGACUCCCGCUCCGUUGUAUCUUUCGCCAGCACACCUCAUUCCCUCGCCCACAUCACCCAUCCUCACUCGCACGCACAUGUUGCUCACCACGCAACCUUCCACUCGCGAAUGCCAGCCGACGACGGCAUGCACAGCACCAGCGGGACGAUAAGCCUCGCGCACCACCCACAGUCUCCGUUCGCCGCCUCUCAGUUAUUCGGCAGGACCGACGAGCCAUUCAACUUGUACUCGAUUGCAGAGACCAAGCGCCCCCUGUCCGGAUCAGAAGAGAACGGCUUCGGCUCGCGCCCGCUCACCCCAGCUGGCUGGUGGGGCCCGUCCUUUGCGAACGGUGGCGACCCAGGCGAAUCCUCGAGCAAGAACACGGCGCCAUUCCGGCGCGACGUCGCAGAUGAGGAGAAGGAGUCGAACGGAGGGAGCGCGUUCACAAGCGAGCAGCCGCAGACACCCAACAAGCCGUCGACACCGAACCAGGACGGACGCGGUGGGGCGUCCGCGGGCGGCUCGCGCGCGAAGACGCCGGUCGAUUUCCCUGUUACGGCGGGUGGGGGUGAGACGAGCUCGAUUCAGUUCCCGAUUAGUUCGCCGGAAGGGGUCGGGCCUGAGAGUCCGCAUGGGCUGAUGAGGUCGAGGUUUGAUUCGUACGAGGGCGGGACACCGUUUAUUAGGAGUCGGGUGCAGAGUCGGAUGGAUAGCUUUGCAGCUGAGGGGUGGAGGACCCGGAGGGACUCGACGGCUUAUGCGCAAGAGCUUAACCUGAUCUCAAUGUUCCAUCUGCGAGUGAUGCUACGACAGAUGCUCGCGACGGAACAGAUCCCAGAGAUGCGCGAGUGGGAAGAGACGCUCCUCAAGCUCGCCCUGCGCGUCGCGCGCGAGCUCACGUUCACAACUGGCUCCCCGCACGAAGGCGCAGACAUGGACGUGCGACGCUACGUCAAGAUCAAGAAGAUCCCAGGCGCGCGCCCGCGGGACUCGGAGUACGUCGACGGCGCGGUGAUCACCAAGAACGUCGCGCACAAGAAGAUGGCGCUCUCGCAGCGGCACCCGCGCGUGAUGUGCGUCGCGUUCCCGCUCGAGUUCCACCGCGUCGAGGGGCAGUACGUGCACUUUGGGCAGGUGCUCCGGCAGGAGCGCGAGUACCUCGGGAACCUCGCGAGCCGCAUUGCGGCGCUGCGCCCGCACGUUGUGCUCGUCGAGCAGUCCGUGUCGCGCAUCGCGCUCGAUGCGCUCGUGAACGCGAACAUCUCGGUCGCCCGCGCGGUGAAGCCGAGUGCGCUCGCGCUUGUCGCGCGCAUGACGCAGGGCGAUGUGCUCGGGUCGAUGGACCGGCUCGCGCUCGAGCCGCGGCUGGGGACGUGCGCGCGCUUCCGCGUGCAGACGUUCGAGCACGGGCUGAUUCCCGGGCGGCGCAAGACGUACAUGCGGUUCGAGGGGUGUUCGCGCGAUAUGGGCUGCACGCUUGUGCUCCGCGGCGGGGACGUGCAGACGCUGCGGCGCGUGAAGAAGGUGGCAAGGUUUUUGAUGUUUGUGGUGCGCAAUUUGAAGCUGGAGACGCAUCUGUGGAAGGACUCGGUGAUUACGCUGCCGUCGUUGUCGCUGGAGGCGGUGCCGAAUGGGUCGAGCCAGCUGUUUGGGCAGGGGGAGAGGAGUCAGAGUCAGAGGGAGAUGGAUGGUGCGCCGGCGCUUACGGCGUCGGUGUCGUUCGUGCGUGGCGUUUCGCCGGGUGUCGCGGUGCCACUGCAGUUACCGAGGUCUCCCGUUUCCGCUGACUAUGGCGACCGUCCCCGCGGCGCGGGGCACACGCACGAGGCGACGGAGGAUGGGCUACCGGAGUCGGACGCGGAGCGGCUGAGGCUGUCGAAGCGCAUUGACGCGGCGCUGCAGCCGUAUACGCGCACGUUCAUCAGCGUCAGUGCGACGCUGCGGUUCUUGCCGCCGUAUCCGAUUCGGAGGAUGAAGGAGCUCGACGAGGAGCUGUGUAGCGCGCAGCAGGCUUGGGAAGACGAGAUCGUGAGGCGGGAGGAGAUGCAGGCGAGGUUGAUGCAGACGCCCUCGAGCCAGUCUGUUGCGUCGGACGGGGAGUCGGGGAUGAGGAGGUCGGGUUCAGACGUGUCGGUCGCUGGAUCUGCUGCCAGCUCUGGUACGAACGCAGGAGCGGGUGGGGUGGGCAGUUCGAUGUCCAACGUCAGCAAUGUCUCGAACGCGGGAAGUGCAGCAACCACCAACAACAGCAGCACAGCGGGAAAUGCGGGUAGUACGCUCUCAAAUUCUAGCGCUGAGUCGGACGCAGGGACUACGCCCACACCUUCGCAUGUCCAACAGCCGUCAACUGCAAGCAUCGCGACGGUGACGAACGCAAAUGCUAGCUUAUCACCAUCGCAGGACGUGCCAAGUGCAACCGCGAGCACGAUGUCUACUACCAGCACUGUCACUAUCACGAACGCGAAUGCGAGCACUGUCGUUUCAAGAGAAAACACAAGCUCAUCUCCUCCCUCUGGUGUCAACAACGGCGUCGACGCGACGGACGUUCGGGCACAGAUUGAGGCAUUGCCCAUACCUGGCCUGCUCACUACACCCCGAACACCAACGCAGACCUCGGAAUUGACGACUGACGGAUACUUUGGUCCACAGCCGAGCUCGUCAAUUAAUGUCAUAAGCGGCAUAUCAUUUGUGGCAUCGCCCAGGGUGAUGUUCACACCGGCCCCUCUUCACCAGGACGAAUUUAUUCCUCUCAAGGCGGAGAACGAUAUCGCCCUGGAAAGCCAACUAGGCGUCAUCAAGUUCAAGCAUGAAGAGUUCCGCCGGAUCUGGGAGUGGUACCUGCGGAAGAACACGGACGACUUUAUCAUCGAGAAGUACCAGUUCAUCAACGUGUGGACCUACACCGUGCCCAUCGAGGACUUUGGGAUGUACCGCUCGUGCGGCGCGCCGAAGCAGGAGACGAUCGUGUUCUACGGCGAGCACGACACCACGCUGGGGCAGUUCAUCGAGCGCUCGGUGAUGGAGACGCUCGUGCAGUUUCUCGACCCCAAGGCGGUCUGCGCGAGCAAGGGGUGCGAUCAGCCGCUGGCGCGGCACUGCAAGGUGUACGUGCACAACGAGUCGCGCGUCGCGGUCGCUGUCGAGCAGUGGGACGGGCAGAUUGGGGGGCGCAAUUUCCGUCCGGCGCCUGAUUUGAUUACGACGUGGAGCGCGUGCCGCGUGUGCGGGUCUGCGACGCCGUUUAUCCCGGUGUCGGAGGAGAUGCAGCGGUAUUCGUUUGCGAAGUUCCUCGAGUUGCAUUUUUAUCCGGCGGAUGUGCAGCUGGUGCAGGGGGCGGGGUGUCAGCAUAAUAUCUAUCAGCAUCAUAUCCGGUAUUUCGCGACCAAGGGCAUGACGGUGCGCUUCCAGGCGGAUCCGGUUGGGAUGUACGAAGUUGUGUUCCCGCCGUCGCGUAUCCGGGUGAAGGCAGAGACGCAGCUCGCGCUGAAGAACCAGGACUAUGAAGAGAUGCACUGGCGGAACACGAUCUGGUACUCGGCCCUCGUGGAGGAUCUUAAGCUGAUCAACAUCGACGCGGCGACGGGCGAAGACGACGACCAGGACCUGCGGCUCACCGCCGAGAUCAACCAGCUCAUUCUCCGCGCCGAGGCCGAGCGCCGCGAGAUCAGCCAGCUGCUCAACCAGGUGUACCGCGACGCGGCGCCGACGGACACGCUCGCGAUGAACAAGGUGCGCUCGUUCCGGCAGGACCGCAUCGUCGCGUGGCAGGGCGACUUCGACAAGCUGCCGAAGCCGCGCGGGUCGAUUAUCGAUAGGAACUCGGGUGUGAGCACGAGUACGGGCGGCUCGGGCGGCGGUGCGGGCUCGAGCGCGCGGCGCACGGCGUACGGGACGAUGCGGGCGAUGUGGCCGCGCAAGGUGGAUCUGAAGGCGAAGAUGGAGAUGCACGUGGCGGGGUCGAGUGUGUCGGAGUCGGAGGGGUUCCUCGCAAGGCGGAGGGCGACGGGGAGCUCGAUGAUUUCGUCGGCGUCGGAGGCGUCGUCUGAGCCGGAGACGGAUAAUACGGCGGAGACGGAUACUACGGCAGAGACGCCGUCGGUUGUGGAGGUGCCGCCUGCGGCGGCGGCGAUCGAGAAGGAGGCGGAGCCUGAGGAUGUGUUGGUUUCGGAGUCGUCUGUGAUUUUGCCUGGGGGUAUUCUGAAGCGGGCGGAUAACGGCUCUGAGAGCGAUUCGACGAUUGGAGCGACUAAAGGCGACGGUGUGCAGUCGUCGGACGAUCAGAACAAGUCGACGAUUAAGCGGAACGCCGCUUCAGAUGAGUCUGAGCGGCCUGCUACCCGCCUUUCGCGUCUGCCUCGACGGCCAGUACAUCAUCCGAGCGUCGCUGAGUUGGUCAGGCGUUAUCAGGAUUUCCUGCCACCCCAAGGCGUCGAAGAGCUCGCAAAAACCGCGAUGUCACCAGCGCCGCCACCCAAUGCGUCAAUUUCUGAGAGCGAGCCGGAAUACAGCGAACCACCGGUGCGAAGGACUGGACCUCGCGCCAAAGCGAAGCAGCAUCCAACGCUCUCGAAGAAGCCAUCUACUUCCGACUUUGAACAGAGCUAUGCCGCCAACGCUGCAUCUCGGCACUUGACGAGCAGCCGGCGCAAUCUUGCUCAUGGCGCGCGCUCCAGCCGUAUCCCUGGCCCUGUCGGUGUACCAGAGUACCAGGCGGCUGCCUCCCGAACGAAGUCGCCGGAAAAGCGGCCCUCUCGGGGACCUACCAGCGACGGUUACGAGUCUCCCUAUCAAUCGAGGAUGCUUGGUGUUCCCUCUGGAGGCAGGACCCUGAAGGGCAAGUCCUCGUCCCGCAAUCUCGGUAAAGACAAGGAGAAGCAGUCCAACAGCAGACCGGGUUCGAGCGCCGGGCCAAAGCAGCCUUUCCGCAGACAGGCCCCAGGACCGGCGAACAAAGUCAGCAAUCUCGCGCGCCAGUUUGAGCGCAUGACUCGCGAGAGUGAGCAGCAGAUGAAGCGGCGGUACUCGGUCAUCCGGAGGCGUGCGCGCCCGGUUACCAACGCGCGUGCCAAGGUCGAGGUUUUGGACAGUAUCAAAGAUGCUAUUAAAGAUGAGUCAGAGAGUUCGGACAGUUCCAGCGAGGUCGGUGAUGAAGGCGGGGAUGAGGAUGAAGGCCCAAAGUCGACCGAUCAGGCCACUGCUCUUGAGCCCUCUCCGGACCAAUCUAUGACGCUUCCAGCCGCCCCAACGCUUGAUGAGAAGGCUCCCCCUCCUAUUCUCGACACCAAGAACUUGAAGCCGGUUACGGAUGGUAAUAACUCUGAACCAGAGAGUGCUACGCGCACGUCCAGACCUUCUGAGCUUGCUGUGCCACAGCUACCAGAGCCACCUUACUCGAUGCCCAACUCGCCACCGUCUAGGCCUUCGCAGCUUCCCCCGCCUUCCACGCCGCCACCGGAAGCGGAUAGUUUCCUCGACCGGCCUCAUUCGAUCUUCCAACGCUUCUGGGCUCUACCCACCGGGCCUGGGAGUGCUGGACCUGGUCCGUUUUCUCGUCGGCCAGAGUUUGAAGGAGAUGCGUUGAUGCAGGAGUCGGAGCAUAUCUUCCGCGACUCGUCGAUGGUCGUUCGAACGAAUGAGCCGACUUCCAUUAUUGCGCUGGCGCUCAACUCACCUCAGUACCGGGAUAUGCUCACAAAGUCGCGGGCGGACAAGCGCACAGCUCGAGAGCCCAAGCUUACCGAUGGCGGUGAGGCAUUCAGGCCGGACGACGUUUCCGUUGCCGAGUCUACGUCUAGUUGGGGCGUUGUCAACCUGGACUCGUCGGAUACGUUGAACCUUACUGAGGAGCUGAAGUCUACGUCUACAAAGCUUCCGUGGGCUAUUUCGUUCGAGAGUGGUGGCCUGACCAUCAGCUGCACUGUCCUGUACCCGGAGCAGUUUGAUGUUCUCCGUCGGACAUUUGAUUGCGAGAAGAGCAUGGUCGAGUCGCUGGCUCGGUGUGUCGACUGGAAUGCGAAAGGUGGCAAGUCGGGAUCGGCGUUCCUGAAGACGCAGGAUGAGCGUUUUAUUGCGAAGGAGCUGUCCAAGGCUGAACUGCAGACUAUGGAAACCUUUGCUCCCGCUUACUUCGAUUACAUGGCUGCUUCAGUUUCUGGAAAUCGUCCAACUUUGCUGGCAAAGGUGUUUGGUUGCUUCAAGCUGACGUUCAGGAAGACGAAGGAUAAGGGCCCGAGCAAGAACAAGCUCACGUACCUGAACCUUUUGGUCAUGGAGAACUUGUUCCAUAACCGGCACUUCACCAUGAUCUACGAUUUGAAAGGUUCGACGAGGAAUCGUCAUGUUCGGUCUACAGGAAGAGAGGACGAAGUGCUCUUGGAUGAAAACCUUGUCGAAUCUGUUCAUCUCGCUCCUUUGUACCUUCGCGAACACUCAAAGCGCAUCCUUCGCGGCGCUCUAUACAACGAUUCCAAGUUCCUUGCUGAUAUCAAUGUCAUGGACUAUUCCCUCGUGGUAGGCGUCGACAACGUCAAGAAUGAGCUUGUCGUCGGUAUCGUAGAUUACAUCCGAACCUACACCUGGGAUAAGAAGCUCGAGAGUUGGGUCAAGGAAUCUGCUUUCCUUGGUGGCGGCAAAGGUGAACCUACUAUUGUUACUCCAAAGCAGUACAGACAACGCUUUCUCGGCGCUAUGGAACGAUACUUCCCUCUGGUCGCCGACCGGUGGACUAAGCGCAAAGAACCAGAGGAAGAGGAUGCCAACAAUGCCUCAGAACUCUGGCCCGACUGGUGAUGACCGCAACGACUGCAUGAAUGAUUCGUUACGCAACAAUGCCUUGGACGUUUCUUGUUUUAUCAGCUUCGCUCUCUCGCACAUACAUUGUACAUCAAUACAUAGCAUUACCAACCCAUACUGUAGAUACCACGACAUAACGACCUGUACAAGUUCUCCUGGGAAUUCGAGUUCCAAUGAUCAGAACCUAAAGCUUGCGUGUACGCAUGUUGGCGUUGGCCAUGCCCUGGGCUUGGUGCUUCAUCUCGGAGUUGAACUGCUCCUUUUUGCCUUUCUUCUCUACCCGCCGGACAGACCGCUCCGCUUUGACCGCCUGCUUUCGGGCUUUCUUCUCUUCUUUUGACUCAUUCCGCGAACGAGUGACAGUUUCUCGUGGGACUCUGCUUUCGUCUUCGUCCUCGUCCUCGUCCUCGUCGGAAUGCACAGGCAAGCUUCUAGCGGGCUUUCCUUCUUCAAUAGAAGGAAGACCCGUUCGUGGAUCCAGCUUGAUUUUUGGGAUUUUCUUAUUCGACCGCACGGAAAUUAUCCGCGGAUGGUUCUCGAGGUUCGAGUACGUCGUAAGGAUCGUCUCGCAGUCCCAUCGGUCCUUCUUGUCUUCCCCUUCGAACGGCGCAAAGAUAUCGGCAUCGUCGGGCUCUUCAUCCUCCCCAGCCAUCAUCAGUCUCACCCGCUCGUCCUGGCCCAUGGCUCUCCGAAGCACUUCGAGCUUCUGCGCACCCGUUUCACCCUCGAGCACGGGCUUCAACUUCCUGCCAAGGAUUUCGUAGUUGUCGAGUUCGCUGAGCAAGGCUUCGAAGUCUUCGCGAGAGGUGAUCAGUUCGGGUGCUUCGUCAGAUAUGUCGGACGGAGUUUCGAGGUCUUCGGUGUCUUCUUCGCCAUCGGAGUUGUACUCUUUCUCCAUAAUUCGAUCGAACCGUUCAUCUAGUGUUUGCAAAGUAUCCGUACGAUACAUCGAUGAACUACUCAUGCUGUAUCCCGAUGCAUCCGAGGUGCCUUUUCGCCUGCGCUUUCCCCCAAUGACAGGAAGUUUUGGCAAUGCACUGAUCGUAUCUCUGUCCUCUGAGAAAUCGUCAUCUGAUUCGCUCUGUAGAGGGUCGGCCUUCCGCUCGAGCUUGAACUUAGCAAAUCUUGCUUCCCAGCUUUCGUCCUCUCCCUUAGCAUCCUCAAUGGGUGCAACAGCAUUGUGAGAUCUGCCAUCGGUUUCUCCCCACUCGUGGAAUUCGUAUUCAAGAGCAUCGGCCUCGCCACGCUCCCCACCUGUGACAAGCUCUGAGAAGAAGUCCUCCUCGAGGCCGUCGUCAACGAACGCAUCGUCUUCUAGGGCAUCCAGAGCUUGACGCAGAUGCGGAUUCAUGUCGGGUUGAAACCCUGAUAUCGAGGAUGGUACGGCCUCUUCCGCUUCAAAGUUUCUGGGUAUCUCGUGUUUCGAGGGUAAUGCGUCUGCGGGCAGAUCAUCUCGUAGUUCGAUCGCCUUUCCCUUUCCCUUUGAUUUUUGAGUGGCAGGUGCAUCAAUGAGGAUACUUUCUACUCCUUCCUCUUCGAGGCCUACGGGACGCAGAUGUUGCAUAUAGUCAUAUUCGGUGUCGUCAAAGUUAAUGCCAUAGAGAGCUGCCUCUCCGACAUUGAGGUGGGCAUCGUGGGCUAGGACAUCGGCUGGCAAGAGAGCCUCGAGAUCUGCUCGUGAUGUUCCCUUCUUCUGAUUAGAUGGGGUGAACGCUUUCAAAACGUGUUGGCUGGCCUCGGGGUCGUGUAUGAGGGGGUCUCUCUGGGAUCUGUGGACGAGCUGGAAGUGCUGUACGCCUGGUUGGCGGAAAAUGGAUUUUU